CAAUUAAUUUUGUGAAAAUUCAGUGAAAAAAGUUUCAUACUUUGAAAACUUUGCUUUGCAAGUUAGUCUUUUUAUUACCUUUUCUUAAAAAAAGAAUUGUCUUUCUAUUUUUAUUGGUACAAAACAAACUGAUAACUGAUAUUAAGCCAGUUAGUUAAGCUUAAGCUGCGAGCCACAAAUGAGCCGAUCAUUAAACGUAGCUGUGAUCGGAGCCGGAGUGGCUGGCCUCUGCGCCGCUCGUGAGCUAAAAACUCAGGGCCACCGAGUCACCAUCUUCGAAAAAGCCAAUCAAAUCGGUGGGACGUGGGCAUACGACACACGUGUGGAAUCCGACCCACUGAGUCUGGACCCAACACGGGAAAUCGUCCAUGGCAGCCUCUACCGAUCUCUACGCACCAAUCUCCCCAGACACCUCAUGGGAUUUCUCGAUUACCCUUUUGAGAAGCGCCCAAAUGGGGACUCCAGAACAUUCCCUGCUCACCGAGAAGUGCUCUGUUUUCUCACUAAGUUCGCUAAUGAAUUUGGACUCGUUGAGUUGGUUCGGUUCAACUCGGAAAUCGUUCGAGUUGAGCGAGUUGGAGAGAGGAAUGAUGAGUGGCUCGUUGAGUCGAUUACUCGGGGAUGUGACUCGGUGAGUGGUGAAGUGUUUGAAGCUGUGGUUGUCUGUAGUGGGAACUUCGUGGAGCCUCAAAUUCCUGUUCUUGUGGGAAUAGAGAAAUGGCGAAGAUAUCAAAUUCAUAGCCACAAUUACCGUGUUUUCGAACAAUUCGAGGACAGGUAUAUUGUGGUUUUGAUUGGAUUUGGAGCUAGUGCUUUUGACAUCUCUAGAGAUAUAGCAACUGAAGCUAAACAAGUUCAUAUUGCCACAAGAAGCCCUGAUGUGAAACUUGGAAAGUUGGAAAAUCACAACAAUAUAUGGCAUCAUAUGAUGAUAGAUCAUGUUUGUGAAGAUGGUAGAGUUGUUUUUCAAGAUGGAUCCUCAGUUUGUGCUGAUACCAUUUUCUAUUGUACUGGAUUCAAAUAUCGUUAUCCAUUUCUCGAAACAAAUGGAGUUGUAACUGUUGAUGAAAACCGUGUUGGACCCUUGUAUAGUCACGUCUUUCCUCCAAGCUUGGCUCCGGGGCUCUCCUUCAUCGGUAUACCUGUAAAGGGUCCAAUCUUCAACACAAUAGAGCUGCAAUCCAAGUGGGUAGCGCAUGUUCUAUCUGGUAAGGUGAUGUUGCCGAAAGAAGAGGAAAUGAUGGCUUCCACUAAUGAAUUCUACAAGAAAAUGCAGGAGCUUGGGUUGCCGAAACGCUCAACUCAUUUCCUUACACCAUAUCAGGUUGGAUACCAAAAUUGGUUAUGUGCUCAGAUUGGAUUGCCUCCGCUAGAGAAGUGGAGAUAUCAGAUGUACGAAGAGAGCGUCAAGAACAUAAUAGAAAUGCGGGAUGGCUACAAGGACCGGUGGGAUGAUGCUUACUGGGACGGAAUCAUCAAUUUGUAAUUCUUAUGCAUUAACAUGUUUCUGCUUAAAUUCUUGUGUCAAAUCUGAGCUACUAUCGACCAAAUGAUCUUGAUCUUGUAUUGUGGAGCUAAAAGGCCACAUUUGCUAUUCUUUUAGAGGAAUGGAAUAGAUUUUUAUUGUAGCAAUUGUGUAAGAAGGAAUAAGGAUAAGAAAUGAUGGAAUAAUAAUACAAGUAAUAAAGUGUGUGUACCAAAAAGAAAAUGACACAAAGUGAGAGAUAAGCCUAGCUGGAAAGAAUGAGAAUAAAAACACCAUACAUCUCCAUUAUUGAGGACUUUGUAAGAUUCUCAUCUUUACUAUUUAUCUUAUCUGCCUUUUAUUUUUGAAA